AGUGAUCGCAUGAGACUGCAACAAAUUUAAGAACGGAUGAGACCAGAAACCAAGCUCUAAGAAUCAGUCUCACUUACAGAUCUUUUAUGUACUACAGACGGGAGACGAAUCACGUGAAAGAACAAGAUUCACUUUGCUUUUUUGCUGUUAGAUCAUCAGUCCAGAAAAUGAUCUGAAAUGAGUGCAAUUAACGCAAGACCGAACUCUACUGAAAAUGGCUAUGAAAACGUCAAUCGGGGCUGCUGUCGGAAGAUCCGCAACUUCAAGUUGUUCCGACGUCUCAGGUGCAAAAAGAAAGAGGCGACUGCCAGCUCAAAUGAUAGUAACGCCAAAACAACAGUAGUACACCACCUAAUAACACCCAACAUUGAAAUUUUGGACUCCAAUGUUGAGAUCCCGAAUGUCAGGACUCCAGUUAGUCUUCGGGGGGCUCGCAAACUUCCGAUUCGAAGGCAUGUCAGGUCUCGCUAUACGUUGAAAUCUCUGAGACCUUCGAUAGCGCCUCGUGAUUCAAAUCGGUCCAUGACUUACGAAUUAUCGGAACAUGUAUACAGCGAUGGAGCUUUUUACAACGAAAUUGAGGACAGUCGUGACAUAUCGGCGAGAAGAGUGAGCCACAGAGCGCACGUGUACGACACACCAGACGCAGAGAGACGACUGGCGGCACCCACUAACCAGAACAGUCGCGACGAAUAUAGCCAACGUGCGAUGCGGACGCUGGAGAAUGCAGUGAACAAUGAUGAUCUGAGAGCCAUCCCUUGGGAGUCAGCGGGAGAUCCAGGCAGGUACUACCUGAGGAGUCCCACGGACACCAUGUUCUACACCGUCAGAUCUGCCCCAACGGGAGGCGCUGGUAGUGACGACUAUUACGAGUCAGGUGGGGGAGAGGCCGACACGUAUGCUGCAAGACCAGGGGCCAACCACAUCUACUCUCAGAUUGUCAGGAACGGGGCCCCCAGACCCCCAAUCAGAUCCAGGUCUGCAAUGCUAGCCGAGACACCUUCAUUACCAGACAGGCCCUCAAUGUCAACCCCUCACUACUCAUCUCACUUGCACAACAGCAGUCAGCAGAUAUACGACGAACUGGACAAGUAUCCACUUCCUCCCCCUCAAAGUGCAGGGGGAGGGGGAGGGGGAGGGACAAUAGUAAACUACUGCCUCAACUCAACAGCAACGCCCUGCAGUUCGAACAACAACCUACCGAUCACCUUAGCUUCAAAUAACAAUCUCGCUGCGGCGACACAGAUUAAUAAACAUUUUAAUACGCCUUGUAGUGAGUCAUCAGUGGUGCAUCUGCAGAAGAAGGGCUUGGAUCUCAAUUGUGAGGGGGGAAGUGGUGCUGGGUUGCAGUGCACGAGUAAAAUAGAGAACUCGACGGGAGGGGAAAAUGUUCCUGACGCUCAAGGAGAUGUACCCGAGGAACACCAAAAUGCUGAUAGACCAACUUCUUCGGACGUUCCUCCGUUGCCCUUUGCAGAAGUAGACGAGGAGGAGGAAGAUGAGGAUCAAGAGCAGGAGUCUCAGAUGGAAGAAGUGCCGACACUGUCUGGAUCUGCAGGAGAGGGCAACUCUGCUCAUUAUGAAUAUGCAGAGCCAGUAGACGCCUGGUAUUAUCAGCGAGGUGGCAAUGGAGAUGGGACGGGAACUCUGACGAGUGAGAGUGACAGUCAGUACACGGAGGGAGGAGCCAUCAGGUACCAUGUCAUCACCAUGCGACCCAGACUAGGCUCAGACGGCGGCAGAAGUCUCGCCCGACAGCAAGACUACCAAGGUCGUUUUGGUCCAUAUAGUUGUGUGCAUCUUUACAUCAACGAGGAAGCCAUUCGAGCUCACGAAGACAACGCCCGACAUCUCUACAACGCCGUCAAUUCAUACAGGCCCAGAAUCCGCCAGCAUCCGGUACAACAGCAUAUUUACGACGAACCCCCCUUCGAAAGCCAGAGAUCACUCCCCCAGUUGCAGCUAGCUUCAACGGGUAAUUUACCUAAUGUAGUUCACCAUCACAGUGCAAUGUCACCUUUAAAUGAGAGCAGAAUAGGAAAAAGUGGGAAGGGUUCUGGGAGUCAUGGACCUGCGAGCUCGUUUUUGAAGUUCUUCUCACAUCUUCGAAAAAGUUCCAAGUCUAGUAAUAAACAUGCGAGUGAGGACCGAGGUAAUAAUCCAAUGGGUUUGAAUCUUGCAACGUCCUUAAGCAGUACUCACGUGCCUCCAACAUCGCCGCUUCCUGUUCCGCCUCUGGGUUCCCCGACAAGUGUGGGAUCCAGUCGUUUUGCGGGUUCCUGGGUCAACAGCAACCCCUCGAGCAGUUCCCUUCUGCCUCCGAACCCAUCUCCGGGAGUCGAACCUAGGACCUGUGAACAGCCUUAUUGUGAUAAUAACAAUAAUCUGUACGAGCUGCCGGAGCCAAACUUGCCAUCGCGAGGUCUUCCAGUUUUAAAUUUAAGACAUUCAACGAUUCCAAGUCAGAGGAUAAGUCAAGAUGUUAUGGAAUCGGAACACUAUUAUUCGGAAGUGCAGUAUUAUGAAAAUUCAGAAUCGAAUAACCCAACGAUACCAGCCACUCAUCGCAGCUUGUCCCAUCGUCGGAUAUAUUCGGAACCGAAUCCUAGACCGACGUCGAAUCGUGACUCGCUAGAUGCUGGCAAUGAAGAUGAAGAAAAUUUAAAUGACGACAACGAAGAUGUGAAGAGUAAUUCAUCGUGUGAGGCGACUUAUGAUAGACUGUUUGAGAGAAGAUUACCUCCUGUUGACAGAGGUGAGGUAGAUAUGAGAGCUAGUUGUCGGGAGGAGUUGCCGGGUAAGCUUCGCGUUGAUCUACCAAGCACAGAACGUGAAAAUGAAUACACCUGUGAUUACAAUUGCAACUCAGCCGACCAAAACGUCAUGAACAGCCUAAAUGACACAAUUUCAAUUCGAGCCAGAGUGUCAUCCUUAGCCAGUCACAUAUACCAGGAGAUCCCGGAAAACAACUGGAUACCUUGUGACGACAGUGCUUGCUCGACUCCUAGGCGCGGCAGGGUUUCGAUGGUAUCUGUUCAGAUCCAAGACAACGAAACAGCCCGAUUGGCAGCCAUAAAAACAAACGGAAUCUCAAAGCCACUGGACGAAAGACUCAAUACAUACAGGAGUCCAAAAGAUACAAGUGGUUUGAUGUCAUGUUCUAGUCAAAUGUCUCAAGUCGAUUCUACAAUGUCAAAAGUUUAUUGUUUAUCAAAUCAGUCGACGCACAGACACACAGUAUUGACGACUCCUAGAAACGUUGACGAAUCAAGGUCUAGAACGAACAGUUUUGUGACCUGUAGAGGAGGUGUUUGUGAUAGUUCGAUUUGUUCAAGUAGUGACUUAUCAUCAGCCACAAGAUUAGGAGCAUUAACCCCUAGAUACUUAGAGAAUUGUGAUAAUUGCACCCCUAGAACAGUUGCAAAUAAUAAUAGUGCAUGUGUAUCAAGUCGAACGGAAGAAUCAAGUUCGUACACACUAAGACCGCUGCCAUGUUUGAACAGUUUACGACCGACAAGGCCCGUUCGGGAAAAAUCACCUUCAGACCCUAACGACUUUCUAUAACGACAAUUUGACCCGCAAGAAAGAAAGUUCCCCGUACUUUUCGAUUUGACUGCGGGUUAAAAGAGGUCUUAAAUUCGGAAAAUGUUGAAAAUGAGUCCACGUUUAUCAAGUAUCACAGCUUUGAAAUAGCCAAAUAACUGAAACAACUUAAACUGUAGCUGUAUUUAAUUUAAUUUUUCACAAUUAGUCGAUUAUGAUAAAUAAAUAUACAUGCAAGCCAUUGCUUUGGUGUAGCUAAUAUUAAGACCGGACGCUGUAUAUUCAGUUGUCUUUUAAAUCACUUCAUGGAAAAUAUAUUAAUUAGCGUAAGUGAAACUACCAUUGAAAAAUUAAUAAAUGCAUAUUUUGAUGUUUUUCCUCCAUACAUAAAGCAUAGUUUAACCAGCUUUAUAACUUAACAUGGAGUUUCAGAGAAGUCCAAAUUUAGAUCAAAUCUAGAAAGUUUUUUAACAUGCGAAAA